ACAAGUGCAUCGGAAGCUACAUAUAGAAGUCCGCGCGGACAGCACGUUCCAUUUUCGCAAUGGCUGCCGUGACAGUGGCGGUGCUGGUGGCGCUGGUGGCCUGCAUCGUGGCCCUGGCGCUGCGGGCCAUGAAGGGCUACCGGAGCUCCGUCCCGGGGCCGCCCGCCCUGCCCUUUAUCGGCCACGCCCUGGAGUUCGUCAACAUGGACCUGGACAAGCUGUUCCACACGCUGCUCAAGCUGGUUGAGGGCCGCCACCUGUGCCAACUGUCCCUCCUGACCCGCACCGUGAUCGUCAUCAGCGACCCCACCUGCUUCGGCGAGCUGGUGCGCCGCAAGGACCUCAACGACAAGUCCGUGUUCGCGUACAGCCUGCUGCACGUGGUGGCCAAGCGGGGCCUCAUCCAGCUCGGCGGCCCCGAGUGGAAGGAGCACCGCGUCUGGCUGGCGCCGGGCUUUAAGAAGAGCGUCCUGGACACCUUCGUGACGGACUUCAACGCCGUGGCCAAGGACUUCCUCAAGACGGUGCCCACCGAGCAGGACGUGGACGUCCGCAAGCUGAUCGGACGGCCCAUGACCAGGGCCUUCAUCCUGACGUCGCUGGGCGAUGACUGGGACGAAGAUGACGAGAUCCACUCCAUCACCGACUUCAUCGACGAGUUCUUCCGCACGGUCAUGCUGCGCUCCUUCAACCCGCUGCUCUGGUCCGACAGCCUGUUCAUGCUCACCGCCGACGGCCGCAACAUGCUCAAGAUGAAGGAGGUGGUGGACUCGUUCACUAAGAAGUUCAUCAUCCGCAAGCGGGCGGCGCUCCGGACCAAGAAGUCCGAGGAGGCCGAGCCUAUCCGCAAAACCCUCAUGGACAUCAUGAUCGACACGCCCGAGCACCAGGAGCCCAUGUCGGAGGAGGCCAUCCAGGACGAAGUGAAGACCUCCUACGCCGCCUCGGUGGAGACGACGGCCACCGCGCUGUGCUGGGCCCUCAAGAUCCUGUCGCUCAUGCCCGAGGUGCAGCAGCGCUUGUGUGACGAGCUGUACCAAGUGUUUGGAGACUCUGACAGGGACGUCUGUUCCGAGGACAUGCCACAGCUCAAGUACAUGGAGCGCUUCUUCAAGGAAGUGCUGCGCAUGUACCCACCCGUGCCCUUCAUCGCGCGCCAGUGCUACAACAACACGGAGAUCUGGGGCCACCAGGUGGCGGCCGGCACCACGCUGGCCAUCAACAUCUUCAGCAUCCACCGAGACCCGCGCUACUGGAAGGACCCCGGCAUCUUCGACCCGGACCGCUUCCUGCCCGACAUCGCCAAGGACCGGCACCCCUACGCGUACAUCCCGUUCAGCGCGGGCAGCCGGAACUGCAUCGGCGGCACGUACGCCAUGCAGCUCAUGGUCACCUUCCUCGCCACCGCGCUCAGGACCUACUCGGUGCACCCCGUCGACGACCACCACAAGAGCGCCCAGACCCUGACCGACGACAUGACGUACAACAUCACGUCGGGGCUGCGCGGCGGCGUCCGCGUCAAGUUCCUCUCCAGGGUGGCCGGGCUCAGGCCGCAGGCGCAGCCGGCGACGGCGUGCAGCUGAUGAGGUCACCAGUCAUCGUUAGAGCCAAAUUAGAAGGAAAUUUAACGUUCCCUGAUGAAGCCUCGAAUCGAUUACUCGAAAUUGCGCGAAAUUGGCAUUUCGCGGGCGCGACUGCAGGUGCCCCGCAAGUCCCUCUUCCUGCAGAUGCUGCGCACAACCACAUGAACCAGAAUUCGUAGAAAUUAGUCGGAUUUUUUUUCGCCGGCUUUCUGCUGCGGGGCUGAGACAUGGCGCUGACGGGGGGCGGGGAGAGACGAGGCUCCGAAUCAAGCAAACAUCGAACGAAUGCCGCUGUACAUAGACUAACUGCAGGAUCUCAGGGACAAUCAGCGCAGACUAACAAUAUUUUGAGGAUUUAUUCUAAAAUGUUCACUUACAAAUUUAUAAUUGCUGGGUUGUUCACAAUAAAAGCUGGAAAAUAAA